CCGGGUCGGGUUUGAAAAUAUUGGGUUAAACCAAAAUGAAUAAAUAAUAAAUAAAUGAAUAAAGCGUACGACGGACGUUGAUCUUACGCUAAUCAAUGCCAGAACGAAAAUUCUAGAAGCCGAAGCAAGCCAAUUCUUUACUCUCUGGCCUAUAAGUGCUCUCUAUCUGCUGUUCUUCCUGUUACCCUUUGUUUCUCUCACAGGAUUUAUUUCAUCAAUUCGAUUUCAUGGCGUCCAAGCGCAUUCUCAAAGAGCUCAAAGAUUUGCAGAAAGAUCCUCCUACCUCUUGCAGUGCUGGUCCCGUGGCUGAGGACAUGUUCCAUUGGCAAGCAACAAUUAUGGGACCUACUGAUAGUCCUUAUGCAGGAGGAGUCUUCUUAGUUUCUAUUCAUUUCCCUCCUGAUUAUCCUUUUAAGCCUCCUAAGGUUGCAUUUAGGACAAAAGUCUUCCAUCCAAACAUUAAUAGUAAUGGGAGCAUAUGCUUGGAUAUUCUGAAGGAACAGUGGAGCCCAGCGCUAACUAUCUCCAAGGUGCUAUUGUCUAUAUGUUCUCUGUUGACUGAUCCGAAUCCUGAUGAUCCGCUUGUGCCUGAAAUCGCUCACAUGUACAAGACUGACAAGGUCAAGUAUGAGGCCACUGCUCGCAGCUGGACACAGAAAUAUGCCAUGGGGUAAUACGGAACAAGACCUAUACAGAAUUAGAAAUGGUUUGCUACCCCUUGAUUGUGAUAUUGGCUAGGUAAAAUAAUGGAAGCGGUCUAAAUGCCUUGUUUCUUUCGUAUCAUUGUGUUGCAGACAAAGUUGGGAAAAUAUCUUCUUAGCCUGUGAAUAUAUAUUUGAACCUAUUUGAACAGUGAAAGAACGAGAGAGUAGUAAAAACUUGUAAUAUAACCUGCUCUUGUUGUUUGGUGAGCUGCUUUUGCCUUUAAUUUGAUUACUUAUUGUGUAAUGUUGAAUGCUUUGAAUAUCGAGUCGGAUUAGGUACCUUA